ACCGCCCCCUUAGGGUAGUGCGCAGGUGCGAAGGGUGUUUAGUUUGUGCUGCGGUGAAUCACUGGCAAGUGUUUGAUGUUGUGGUAACCACAGUUGGGUGGGCUUUCGAUUGUCCGUUGGUUCCGUCGUGUUCUUUGGUGCUGCAUCCGUGCGACUUUACUUGUCCAUUGCUCUGGGUGGGAGACGGUCGGACAUCAGGAUGGGUUGUCGAUGUGAAGCUGGAUAGUAAAAGCCUGCUCCGUGUGAGUGUGUUCACUGUUAGCGGUGGGGAGGAUGAGCCGCCUGUGCUCCCCGAACCGGCCCUGCACUCUGCUUCUGCUGGCUUUCCUCCAGUUGGCUUUCCUCCUGUUCCUAUACCGCCGGAGCCUCUCUGGCUCCUUCACUGGCUCCAUGUAUGAAGAAGAUCGCGGCGGUCACUGGGAUUACUCCAGAACUCACGAUGUUUACACCAACCUCAGCUUGGUGACCCCGAGUCCAGACAGACAAACUUUAAGCUUGUGUCCGGACGAGUCGCCGCUCCUCGUUGGACCACUGACUAUCAGCUUUCAGAAAGUUCCACUUAUGAGCAAAAUUGCAAGAAAAAAUCCAUAUGUUCAAGCUGGUGGACGGUACUCUCCCCCACACUGCAAAGCUCAAUAUAAAACAGCAAUCCUUGUUCCACAUCGCAACAGAGAGCCACAUCUGCGUCAUCUUCUAUAUUACCUUCAUCCAUUCUUGCAGCGCCAACAGCUUCAGUAUGCAAUAUAUGUCAUCCACCAGACUGGAAAUCGAACCUUUAAUCGGGCAAAGCUGCUUAAUGUCGGAGUGAGAGAAGCAUUAAAAGAUGAAGACUGGGACUGUCUGUUUCUACAUGAUGUUGAUCUUAUUCCAGAGAACGAUUACAAUCUAUACAUCUGCAAUAAGAAAUACCCCAAGCAUGUAUCGAGUGCUAUGAAUAAAUUCAAGUACAGAUUACCGUAUAAAAUGUAUUUUGGUGGUGUUUCAGCCUUAACUCCUGAUCAGUACUUAAGGAUUAAUGGCUUCCCAAACACAUACUGGGGUUGGGGUGGAGAAGAUGAUGACAUCUCGGCUAGGAUUUAUUUAGCAGGAAUGAAGAUAAUUCGAACUCCCCUCUCCCUUGGACAUUACAAAAUGAUAUCUCACAACUUGGAUGUGGGUAAUGAAAAAAAUGAGAAAAGAUUUGACAUGGUGGUAAAGGUAGCCCGGUCAUGGCGACUUGAUGGGAUGAAUUCCAUAGAGUACAAUUUGCUUCAUAAAGAAGAACUUCCUCUGUACACCAACAUCACCGUGGACUUUGGAAACAGUGCAGAAGUACAGUCAAACAUCAAAUAACAAAUGCCCAUCCCUUUAAAAGUCAGUAUGAUUCAAGAUGCCUCAAAGGGCAAAUGCUGGUGGUUAUUGGGUGUAAACAAAAUCCACAGACUUCUUCAGAUUAAGAAAUCCAUCAAAAUGCAAGGAUAUGAGAUAUUUGCUGCUAUCUUUUCCUGUUCAACAAAACUUUCCAAAUUAUGACUUUCAGUAUUUUUUGCCCUUCAGUGCUGUAGGACAAUGUAAGUGAAGAAUCUCCUCUUUUGAUUUCAAUUGUCAUUUUAUAUUUUGUAUAUAUUUAUGCCUAUUCAUGAAACUUGAAAUGUUCGAUUGUGGUAUUUUGGAAUGAGGCCUUUCAAUAGGUUAUUUGUAUUAGAAAGAACUUGGUAGAUAUUGGCAAUGUGCAUGGUCAACUUGAUAAAUACUUACUGUGUCACAUCUAGUAAAUCAAAAUGAAGAACUAAGGCAGUUAAUAAAUAUAAUAAAUCCAUGCACAAAUAUUAAGCUGUUAGUGGUCCUGUUAUUUUCCUAAUUGCAUAUAUUAAAAGAAUUGCAUCAGGACUACAUUUCAGAUUUUAUUGCAAUCUAAUGAAAUAAACACUUUCACUAGUGUAAUAUUUUUAUCACACUAAAUACAAGGUAUAUUUGUUCAGUUUACCAGAUAUGCUAAAACAUGUACAUUUAACAACAUAUAUAAUCCAAUUGUACUGUGGAGGCAUUUAUAGUCAGUUAAUUCACUGCAACUUAUUCUAUGAUGUUUCAUUCCAUCUUUUAGUAUUGGUAGCUCUGACACAAUUGUUUGCAUAUGUAAUUAUCAAUUUAUUAUUAAAUAUAUCUUUAUGCUUCUACAUAAGUUUAUUGAGCAUGUAUUUUGUAGUUUCUACUAUUUCCUUUCUCAUGAGCUAUUAAAUAGAACUUUAUACACUGAAUAUAAUUUUGAUUAUACUUGAAAAUUCGUGAGUUACUAUUUUGAUUUGAGUUGGGUUCUUCAGGGCGUAAAUACUUGUAGCCUCUGAGGUCAAUAUUGCUUACCCAAGAUUCUUCGGUUUCCCAUCCUCAUGCCUUUUUUUUCCUGUUUGAAUUGUUUUAAUUAUUUGAUUGUUUCUUGUCACAUCAUAACUGCGUUGUUGUCUACUUGACCUUUUCAAAGGAUGUACCAAGAUAAUUCAAUGACGGUAGUUCUUCUGAUCUUUGCCCUGCUCUCUGUCCUUGUGAAACCUCUGUUUCUGCUAGCAAAAUGACUUGGUUCAUGUUCUGUAAUGAGCUGAUCACAGAUUCAAAUACUUCCUUGUUCAUACCCUAUUAUGCACAGGCUAAUUAGAUAAUACCUGAUUGAGGGAAACAUGACAGCUUUGGCUUCUUAAGGCACUUAUUCUUUUGCAUAGAAUAAGUAUUUUAAUGCCACUAUUUAUUUCUGUGUAUAAAUUUCCUAACACUUUCAGGUUUUGUGUGAAAGUGGCAAACAGCAAAAUUGAUCACUUGAAAUUGCAAGCACGUCACACCCGACAGGGACCUAAAGUCCUAUCUGUUCACUGAGAUUUGAAGCAUGCAAAGACAUAGCACGCAGAAACUCAUUGUACAUAUGCUUUCCAUUUGGAGGAAUGGAUGAUUAAUUUCACUUCACUGAUCUUCUCCAAAAUCUUGCAACUUCUUUCAUUUAAGUGUUAAAUCUAGUCACUCUAACAUUUCAUAACUAAUGAAGGUAAUUCUCCUUUCCCUGUCUUACAUCUGUCUUAUCUGUUUAUUGAUCUCUUCAUCAAUUUGAUUUAAAACCCUUAAUUUUGCAUAUCUUAAAUUUCCCCUAACCUUCUCUGCUCUUAGCAAAAAAAUUCCAGUGUCUGUAGUGUCUCUUCAGACAAUAAACUCCUUUGUCAAUGGUAUUAUUCAGCUCUGCACCCUUGAAAGUGUUAAUGUUCUUUCCACAGUAUGGUCAUUUGUCCUUUCUAUAAAUACUUCACCUGAAUACAUUAUUCACUAAGUAUAGGGAAUACCCAGAAAUUUGUGGGGUUUUUUGAGCUUGGGAUGAGGUGAUUGUCAAUAUAGUCACAGAUUCAAAUGUCAUCACUCAUCUCAUUUCCUACUUUGGUAAGUGUUUGAUGCAAUGAUUAGUCAACAAAUCCAUUACCAAACAAUUUCUAUCAAUUGGGCAGCAACAUAGUUGGACAUUAUACUACAACUACAAAUAGGAGCAGAAAUAGACCAUUUUGGCUUUUUGAAUCUGCUGCAUCAUUCACUAAGUUUUUGACUGAUGUCAUUCAGUCUUCUGGCUGUCACCACAACUCAAACCUCUUAUAAAUAAAACAAAAUCAUCUAUCUUAACUUUGAAUAUAUUCAAAAACCUAGCUUCCACAAAUCUCUGAAGCAGGUCAGAACUGUAGGUCCAAAGUCAUUUGAUCCUCCCAAGCAUGUCAUUCUUACCAUAUGCCAUGUUUCAAAUAAAAUAAACAUGCUGGAAAAUCAAAUUUGGAAUUGAAUGGAGAUUCUGGGCUUUUUUUAAUCGGGUGCUAAUUGACCUGUACCCUUGUUUUUUGUAUGGUUGUGAAAAAAAAAGAGGAAUGACACUUUUUAAACUUAAUGCUGCUCUUUAUGGUUUAACAAUUUUAGAUUUUGCUGUGGGCGUGUUGAAUUCUUUGGAUUCGAGCAGUCCUGUCUUUGUUUAAAAAUAGUUUGUUAGGAAAUGCUGCCCCCAUAUACCAGUAUAUUUAACCUAUACUGUAUAUGAUUUAAUUUAUGCUAAAAUUUGAUUUUGUAGAUUGUGCUGUACGUAAUUUUAUCUGCCUUACCCUGUUAGAUCACAUUAGGAUAAUCACUUUUGAAAAGAAAUGUUAAUAAAAUAAGUCUCAUACAGUGACAUGCAUAUUUUAGAAACUUGGGAGGUGCUGUAAAUUCUGACCCUGAUUUCGUUAUCAUAAGAACAGAAUUCUAUUUUAUUUACUAUACUAGAUCUAAGCAAUGAAAACUCUCCUAUUAAUUAGAACAAUUGCCUGAUCCAGUUGUAAACUAUCUUAUACCAUGAAUGCUGUUGUUCAGUUGUUUAAGUUUGUAAUUCCUAUCCUUGUGAAUAUCAUUACUUGGUGUUCUCCUUCUAAAUGUUUUUUUGUAUGUAUAUAAUAGCAAGUUGUAUUAAAUUUGAUAAUAGUUUGGAAACAAGUGCCAUUAAUAAUUUCACAAUUUUCUGUCAUGAGAAUUAUCUGUGCAUAAUUUGAUAUUUCCUGGUGUAA